GCCCGCCCGGAGCGCCGCGGGGCCCGGAGGGGCCGGGAGGUGCUGCCGGGGCUGGGCUGGGGCCGGGGCCGGGGCCGGGGCUGGGGCAGGGGCUGCGGGGGUCCCACCGUGCGCCGAGCGGCCGCCGCGGCCCGGCCCCGGCGCGCACCGUGCCAGCGCCGCCCCGGCUGUUUCCAUCGCCGGGAGCUGCGUCCCGGCUCCGGCGGGCUUGGUUGUGGUUUUAUGUUGAGGAAUAUGGGUUUAGAACUCUUCCAGCCCGUGUCGUUUUGGUGACAACUCGGAAAGCCGUAAAGGUGUGCUGUCUCUGGGUAACGACCCCUUGGGCCAUCUUGUGCUAUAGGCAGAGAAAGAGAGGUAAAAUGAAUUGUGCCGGCUACCUGCCUUCCAGUAUUAAGUUUGGUAAACACCAGCCAAAAGUGCUUUCUGUUUGGUGGAAGCAAAGAUCUCUUGCUGUUCUCAAUUGGACUUUGGGGAAUAGAUACAGGAAAAGCUUUUCAGCACAGUAAGUCACCCGUAAUUCUGGUAGUAGAAAUGUGCCAGUAUGCAAUUUAUAACAGACCCUGUGAUUAUUCUUGCAGAAAGGUUAAAAGCACGAACUGAUGCUUCAGGAAAUGGAAGGUGCAUCAGAAGGGUCAAGUGCAGAGCAGUCACCUGCAUCCUCACAACGGGAAGCUGGGGACCCAGCAGAGAAACCUCUGCCUCCAGAACCUGCACGCACUGCACAGUCAGAGGGCUGGGACCAGCAGUCUUCACAAAAUUCAGUGCUACCAAAGAAUACAGCAAAGGGGACACAGACAGCAAGCAGGAUUGAGGAUAAUGAAAGACUUAGGAAGACUAGGGAAAGUCCUGGGAAAGUCAUUCAAGAGAAUUAUCACAUGCCUGAUGUCCUAACUGUCAGAGUACAAAGAGGUUCAGAUUCAUUUCAAGAAGUAGAUGUAAAAAUUGAAAGACCUACCUAUAAUAAACCUUUUCUGGGUGGAUUUAGGAAUGUGUCGACAGGAGUGGAAUUUCAUAACGCAGGAUCACAAACAAAACCCCCAAAACGACCUCACAAAGGAAUUCAGUUAUUUUGUAAGGAAACACAGACAGCUGUGGAAAAAAAUGAGCGACAACAAACAAGCAAUACAACAUCGACACAGAUGACUAAAAUUGGCCUUUAUGUAUCAAACAUGACUGACAAACUAAUAACUCCUGGAAAGUAUUUUACAGCAGAGGAAUACCAUAAACGUAGGCUUGAAGCUGUAAUAGUAUUGCAGAAAUAUUUCCGUCGUUGGCAUGCUGGAAAUUUAGUACAAAACCUGAAGGAACAAAGGAGGUUAAGGCUGGCACGGGAGGCAGAAGAAGAAUUACAGAAAAAGAGGGAGAAAGAAGAAAAAUUGAUAAGGGAGUAUGAGAAAAAACUGAACCCUAAAACAAAAGAAGACUUUGAGCUACUGUACCAUGAGUUGGAAUUAUGGAUGCGGGAGGAGACUGAGCGAAUUAACAGAACUCUUAGUGGAGCUGAAAGAAAGGCAGCACUUUGUGCACUUCUGGAGGAAGAGACACAGCUCAUUGCUUGCAUUGGGAUGCACAAACUCGAUGCCAAUUUGGAGAAUCAGCAAAAAUCAAUUCUGCACCUUCUGCGUAAGUGUGCACAACCUAGGAGGUGGAAAGCAUUUGAUGGAAAAAUCACUGAAAUGGACACACAGAACACGCUCCGUGGCAAAGAACUACUUGAAAUCUACCGCAGCCUUACCAAAGAGGACAUCCCAAAAGAUGAGAGAAUAUCUCUGCUGUUAACAGUCAAAUGUACAGUGCAGGAACAUGAAUGUAAGUUAACACAGGAAAUAGUAGCGUUAAUUGACAGGGAAAUUGAUCUUUUGUCAAGAGAUGUGAAAGAAUGCAACUUGGAAGGACUGAGGAAAAGAAUUUGUACAUUAUUUCUUCAGUAUAUCAAAAGUCCAGAGUUUAACCCUGAAGUUGCUGGGUUACUUAAGGUUCCACAAGAUCCCUUAAAGCUUUAUAAAAAAGUUUACUUCUGUCACAGCUGUGAAAAUUACUUACCAUCUACCGAGUUUCCCGUUGCUGCAAAUUCCCGCACCAUUGGCAGAUGUCGCUCGUGCUACCGGCUGGACAAUGAGGCUCGGCAGCGAGAAGCGUACUUGAAGUACAGACUUAUACUGGAGGAUCUCAGAAAGUCUGAAGUUGAUUAUCAGGAUGAUAGUAAAAUUGUUUUCUUAGUUCAGCUUCCAGAUAUGCAGUACCUGAUUGAGAACAUAUGGAACUGCCAGUCAGCUCUCAGUGCCUCCAGUGACCUGUAUGAUUUGGUUAUGGUUAGGUGGGAUAAGCAGCAUGAGUGGUCUCCAUGGAACACUAUUCUCCUCACUAAAGAAGAGGCAGAUGCACAUCUUAAGCUGUGUGACCUUCAGAAGACUUAUGAAGCUCCAUUUAUUUACAAAAUGGAACAAAAGCAUAUCCGGGCAAAAAACUACUUUGCUCAGAUUCCUGUGAUGUCAUCAUUUUUGCAUAGAAGUAACAAUCAGGCUAAUGAAAAUUCCUACAAAAAACAUUUCUUCAAAGUUAAAGAAGUGAACUAAAUUCCUAGGUUUUAAAGAAAUAUACUUUUUCAUCAAUACCCUAAUUCUAUUACACAGAUCAAAAUAAACUUCUUAGGAUAAAAUAUUUUUGUCUCAAUCAAUUAAUUUAACUGCAUUUCAAGUUUUGU